CUUGUGUGAAAGGCUUCGGAGAACGAACAGGGAAGGGCGCGUUUUGAAGCAGCGACUUUCUUUCCUGGUUAUAGAUUUGCGUGCGUCAAGCACAAAUUCAACUUGACAAGUGCUUUGUUUUAAUAAAUGGUUAAGCUUCGUUGAGUGUUUAGUUAAAUAACAAUAUGGGUCCAACGAGAACAUCAGGUACUUUAAGUAUACAACAAAGAUGGGCGUUCGUAUUUAUUUUAGUGUACGCUUUGGUUGUCUUGACUUUUUGUGAGGGAAAGACGAUGAAAUACCAAACCUAUGAAGAAGACGCUCCCGACACGGUAAUCGGAAAUCUCGCCAAGGAUAUCUCUAUAAAUCCCUCAUUGGGUAACAAGAUCAAUUUCAGGAUGAUGAAACAAUUCAACGCUUCUUUUAUCAGACUUAGAGAAAGCGAUGGGCAGCUUACAGUGGGGGAACGAAUUGACAGAGAGAAAAUCUGCAAGCACACGCUUUUGUGCCUCAUUGCCUUUGAUGUUGUCAGUUUUUCCAAAGAACAGUUCAAAUUAGUACACGUCGAAGUGGAAAUCAAGGACAUCAAUGACCACUCUCCCGAGUUCCCCAACAAGGAAUCUAUCUUGGAAAUUUCUGAAAUCUCGGCGGUUGGUUCCAGAAUUCCCUUAGAUGUUGCUGUUGACGAGGAUAUAGGCUCAAACUAUAUACAGAGCUACCAGAUUUCAGUAAACAGUCAUUUUACCAUUGACGUGCUGAUCAGAGCGGACGGGGUUAAAUAUGCGGAGCUUGUGCUAAUGAAAGAGCUUGACAGAGAGACCCAGUCUUCCUAUGCUCUCGAGCUUGUUGCUACCGACGGCGGGAACCCUCCCAAAUCCGGUUCCACGAGGAUAAAUAUCAAAGUUCAAGAUUUUAAUGACAACAGACCGAUUUUUGAUCAGAACAAUUUCUCAGUUGAUUUACUCGAAGAUUCGCCGACUGGGUUCCUUUUGUUGGAUUUAAAUGCAGUUGAUCCUGACGAGGGUUUGAACGGGGAAGUUGUCUAUGGAUUUGGAAAUCAGGUGUCGGCGGAAAUCAGGCAACUUUUUAAAGUGGACCGUAAAUCCGGACGAUUAACACUUGAAAGCCCAAUCGAUUUCGAGAACAAGAGAACGUACGAAUUAGACGUACAAGCGUCUGACCUAGGUCCCAAUCCCACCCCUUCCAUUUGUAAAAUUAUUAUUCACGUGCAAGACGCGAAUGAUAAUGCCCCAGAAAUCAGUAUUACCCCCAUGACUUCCACGACGGCUGGCUUCGCAUACAUCAGUGAGGCGGCAGCCAAAGACAGCUUUGUGGCUCUAAUCAGCACCUCGGACAGAGACUCAGGCGCUAAUGGGAAGGUUCACUGUACGCUAUACGGACACGACCAUUUCAAACUUCAGCAGGCUUAUGAAGACAGCUAUAUGAUCGUUACGACUGCACCCGUGGACAGAGAAAGGAUAGCCGAAUAUAAUUUAACCGUAGUAGCCGAAGAUUUGGGAUCCCCGCCGUUCAGAACCAUAACCCAAUAUACGAUCAAGUUAAGUGACGAGAACGACAACGCCCCUCUGUUUAGCAAGCCAGUGUAUGACGUUUCGGUGGUAGAAAAUAAUACACCUGGCGCGUACAUCACCACGGUUGUGGCAAGGGACCUUGAUCUGGGGCACAAUGGCAGGGUGGUUUACAAGCUUUCAGACACUCAUAUCAUGGGCUCUCCAGCCUCAACAUUUGUAUCUCUAGAUCCAGCGACAGGUUCAAUCUAUGCUCUGAGAAGUUUCAAUUAUGAGGUCAUGAAACAGUUGGAUAUUCGAAUUCAGGCAAUCGACGGGGGUGUGCCUCCUCUACACGGCAGCGCUGUCAUCAAUCUAAAAAUAGUUGAUCAAAAUGACAAUGCGCCCUCCAUCACACAGCCCGUUCUGAAUAAUGGAUCCGCUGAAAUCCUUCUACCAAAAAAUGCACCUACGGGUUAUAUUAUUACCCAGGUAAAGGCUAGGGACGCAGACGAGGGUGUGAACGCAGAGCUGUCCUACAAUAUUGCCAAAGGUGAAGACUUAUUCUCCAUUAACAAAGUCACGGGGCAAAUCCAUUUAAAUCGCGAAAUCAAUUUUAGCGUUAAUGAGACCCUAACAGUUUCAGUCACUGUGAGUGAUAAUGGGAGACCUUCAUUGGCUUCCACAGCUACAAUUUAUUUCAUUGUCACAGCUGGGGGUCCCACAGUUGACCAAACUAUGGUCAAACAGAACAUUGAGGAAGAUCCUGCGCAGUGGGACACGUCAAUCAUAAUCAUUGUGGUUCUUGCCGGGAGCUGCUCCCUCCUUUUGUUAGCCAUUAUCUUAAUCGCGACUACUUGCAAUCGACGCAAAAGGCAGAAGGACAGCGGCGGUUUCCCAGACGAAGUGAACAUUCCGCACUUGGAAGGAGCGAAAAACAACGGCGACUCACUGAUCUCCGGUCACAGUGCCAACAUGUUUGAAGUUCGACCCUAUUCACCCUUUACGCAUUCUAACAAGGCCGCGAGUAACCUGUGUGAAGAGGACAGCCAAACUACACAUGUAUAUGAGUCUGAAAAUAGGACAAGGGCCUCAAAAUUCGAGGGCUAUUCCACACUACCUGGCUAUGGAAAGGAAGGUGUCAGACCAAUAACAAUAUGGAAGGGGAACUCGUAUACAACCAUCUCAGCGAGGGACCCUCAGUUCAGUGGAAAAGAUAGCGGGAAAGGUGACAGCGACUUCAAUGACAGCGAUUCUGACAUCAGUGGAGACGGCCUCAAAAAACACUGUCCUACAGCUGAUCUUCAAAGUGGUCUGUGGGCAUGCACGAGUGAGUGCAAGGUCCUUGGUCAUUCCGACCGAUGCUGGAACCCGACAGCUAUGAGCACCAAUGCCAGUCACCCUUCUCAUGGACAGCAGAUUCCGCCAUUUGACACGACAGCGUCACUGCCACGAGACAGCUUAAGGCGAGACAACUAUUACCAAGCACACAUACCCAAGACUGUGGGCCUGCAGAGUGUCUAUGAGAAGGUUCUGCACAGGGAGCACGAUUAUGUUUUAGUUUCCACACCACGGCCUGUCAGGGUACAAGAAAUGAAUGAGAUUACAAUCCCGGUGUACGCGCCUACAGCACAGUGCUCCAACAAUCAAGUUUAAUAUAAUCCGUAAUCGAAAGAUUAUUGAGUAUAAAUGGGAAAUUAUGCCACGAAGCAGGGUUUUAACGGAUGUAUUUGUUUUUUAUUAGAAAAUAUAAGUUAAUAUUUGUGUGUUUACAUUUGUAAAUCUCUGUGUAAGUCGUUAUUUGAUUGUAUGCAGUCUGACUUUGUUAAACAUACUAUGUAUAUUUGAAAGAUUUUGUAAAUACAGAGCAUAUUUUUACAAUGACGAAAGGCUAAAGAUAUGUAAACUAAUCUAAUGUAUUAUUGUCAAUUUUCAAAUGCAUGCUUACUAUUUACAGGAGCCUGAAUUCAUUCUCAUGCUAAUGGACCUUUAAGACUAUGAAAAUCUUUAUCAAUUUGAUAACACGCAGUGAAAUAUGUAAUGUUUCAACUCUAACCGAGUUAUUAUUGAGUUAACUCUGGCUAUGGUGGAUUUGUUUAAACUUGGUAAGAGUUGAUUUAACACUGAACAUUUUACUGUGCAAUAUGAAUUUUUGGAAUGCAAUAUGUGACUGUGUUUGUUAUAAAUUUGUAUAAAUAAAGAUUGGAAUAUCCUUUUGCUGUCAA